AUGUCCUCACCGGCGACCACGACAUCAACCCUUAGGGAAUCCUUGGGUCGCCAGAUAGACGAAAUUACUACCGCUUAUGAUGAUUCUUUCAUCGAGGUUGCCACUGGGGAGGAAAGAGAACAGCUUAGACAGCAGCUGAUACGAGAAACCAUCGACCAUCAUAUACAAGCAGUUCUCGAUGGCAUCACAUCCGGAGGGCUUAGUCAAGCCCAGUUAGACAUUGAGUCCGAGAAGGCCCGGAGACUAAGAGAACGGAGAACAUGGAUAUUUAAUGCCAUUGAUCCCUUGCCUUGGAGAGCUAACGUCUGUGCGGCACUUGCCAACCGCCUAUGUCACUCGACAGGGAGGAUGCCGGUAGAUCAGUUGAACAGGUUCGCUGCAGUUAUGAGCUGGCUACGUUGUUGGAUUCCAUUGCAUACCCAUGCAUAUCAAAAUCAACUUGUCAUGCAUACUUUCGAUAUGAUGGUAAACAUGGAUGAAGAGCGUGAACAAAAUUUUCGAGAGGCUUUCAAGGAUGAUCUCAGAAUUCAUCCUUUUCCAACUUCGUUUCCUCUCACAGUACAGGCGGUUGAUGUGCUACGUUAUCCUCUCGCCACCGAUAUUUUCGACUCUUGGGGAUCUCUGCGUACCAUUUACAUGACACAUAGAAUGGAAAUUAUCAGCAAGUGGAAGGCAAAGUCUAGAAGUGUUCGCGAAAAGAUCUUGAAGGCGGCAUGGAAACAAACUGCAGAGGAACAUAAUAAUCGGUACUUUAAUGAGAUCAGAUGGAAUGAAAGCUUAAACCACUAUCAUCGGAUGGAUAUUGAGACCUGUAUACUCAAACGGCCCAACGAAGGCAAAUAUGACCUCCUCCGAUGGGGGUUUAUCAACCGAGAAGAUUUAUUGAAUAUGAACAAUGAACUUCUUUUGAACAUGUUCAAUGAUCGAGCUUUUACCAUGCCAUCAGCUUUCUACGGUGCUGACUGUUCUUCAUGCGAAUUGGACGAAAUGAGAUAUGUUCGGGCUUGGUCCUCCGAUUUUGGCAUGGAAUUCUUGGAUCAAAACACAGCAGCGUGGUACGGCAAUGUGGUUCCUGCUGAUCAAAUGGGUGAGGGCGGCUGUAUGACUGCUACUAAGGGACUAGUCACGAUGGAAAUCCAAUCUCGCUUAUACGCAUUCCUAGUUAAAUGCUGCAUGGGUAUCAUGGAGCAAAGUGAGGCUGAUCUUAUUGCUCCAUCUCCAGAUGGUAUUCCAGUGGUUGCGAACGAUACUAUCAUCAGGAGUCUUAGCGCGGCGCCACAAUAUCGCAUAAUAAAUCGAUUGCAAGAUUUUGACGCCUUGCUGCCUCUUAUAGAUGCCAGAAGGAAUGCUGCUAUAGAUCAUGUAUUUUUACUUCGAAAUGACCCUGGAUACGUUUAUGAAACCAUUCGUGAAAUAACAGCGCAUAUGUAUUACAUAAUUAUCUGGGAGGGAACAGACUACGAAGUCGCGGAGGUUCGCAAGACCGCGAUUAUUACAAUGAUACAUGCCGCUUUUCUUAAUUUGGGUGCAUGGCAAGGUUACUAUCGCAGGUUUAGCAAUCUCCGGAAUCUGCUCCGACGUCACUACAAUCAGUACACUGAAGGUGGUACUGCUGAUGAUAACCAGGCUCUAGGUGGGGAUAUCCAAGCCAGCAUCCUCAGACUCGGAGCUCAAUUGGAGAACGAUAUGGACCUCUUUCGUCGUGCAUUAUGGCAAGCCGUACCAGCUAGCAGCCCAUUUAAAGGUAAAGUCCGUGUCCGACAACCUACGAUUCCAGAUGAAUAUGCUCCACCACUCAAUGAGGAGGACUCCAGUGCCACUUGGCAUUUCACCGUGGUAAACCCCAAAUCCGACAAGGACUUAGCUUUACAGUAUAUCUUUGAGUCUUGCAAAUUCAUCCGGCAGACUGUAGGUUAUGCGAACGCCGGGGACAUAUUGAGGGAAUUUGUGUGGAGGUCGGGCGACAGAAAGAAAGCAAUAGAAACUAAUCGGUUGCUUACUGGGUACGUGAAGGCAAUCAUGUCUGACUUUGUAUUGAUGACACAAUGCAUGGAUCAGAUCGAACGACACCAAGGAGAAAAUGGAAGCUUGAUCUUUAGGGAAUUUGAAGGUGAGACGCCUGUCGACCUACUAGACCUUCAAACCCAAGAUUGGAUCGACGGUCAUGCAGUGGAUGAAAUUCGCAACGACGAAGAUGUGGUCGCAGCAGCAGAUUACUUUUUCACUGAGAGGCACUAUGAGAAUGACAUCUUACAGCAGGAGCUUGGGACAGCGAAUGGCUUAAUGUGGAGAUUUUGGCGUGUAGUGGACCGCGAAAUCUUAGACCCAGCGAAGAAUGUGGUUACUGGAUAUAGCGCGGUUCAAUUUGAGCAGCUUCGGCGUAGACGAAGCGCUCAGAGGAAGAGCAAUAAACGUGCCCACUCCCAGUUGGAAUCAAUCGAGGAAAGCGAGGAAGAGGAAGGCGUGGCACACGUGGAACAGGUUACUCCCGGGGGUUCAGGAGACGGGCCACCACGCAAUAAAAGGGCAAGGCUGGACGAGGUCGUUGUGGAACCAACUAGGCUAGAGGUCAAAAAUAAGACGCUUAAGGUCGUGGCGAUGCUAUACUCACCUAAGCCUGGAGAUACAUCCACGUUGCCAUGGACUCAGUUCUGCGAUGCAAUGCACAAUAUGGGGUUUCAGUCCAGCCAGGUGCGUGACACGACAUACCAAUUUAGACCACCUGGGGGGUUGACAAAUACCGCACCUAUUAAUUUUGAGAGGCCUCACCCUGGUGGCGAUCUUAACUUCGUUAAGCUUCAGGAAAUCCGUCAACGAUUGUCCUUGCAGUACGGUUUGGUUGCAGAGAAUUUUGUUCGCAGACGUCAUGGUAACGUUGCUAAAGAGGCACUCUCAAAAGCAAGGGAGAGGUUGACUCUGAAGAAGUAG